CUACUCUACACUUGUCUACACAGCCACGUAAAUAUUGCUUCCAAUGUGAAUUUACUUUAUUUAUUACCGGGGGUUUCGUCAUGUCGCAGCGCAUUUUGCAACUAACAUCCAUUUCCAAAACGCGACUAUGAUUCGUUGUGGCGUCAUUUUCCUUUUUGCUUUUCUUAUAAAUGAGUUGAAUUGUAUCAGUUCAAAUGAUUCGGACGUUGACUUGGACUCCUACCAGUUCAUAGCUAAAUAUGGUUAUCAACCGGAGAAACGUGUGGUGGAAACAGAAGAUGGAUAUUUAGUGACUCUGUUCAGAUUGGUUGGCAAAGGUCCUCCGGUGCUUUUGGCACAUGGUCUCGCUGAUAGCUCAGACUCCUGGCUGGUAUUGGGACCAACUAUGUCACUUGCUUAUCAAUUAUCUGACGCUGGAUUCGACGUAUGGCUUUACAACUCAAGAGGGAACAGAUACAGCAAAGGUAACACCAAAAGAUACACAAACAAGGAAUACUGGGAUUUCACUUACGAAGAAAUGGGUACUCGAGAUCUGCCGGCUUGCAUCGAUCAUAUUCUUAAAGUGACAUCAAGAGAAAAAAUAUCUUACGUUGGAUUUUCCCAGGGAACAACAAUAUUUUUUGUAAUGUGCAGUGUUAAACCGGAAUAUAAUAAAAAAAUCAAUCAUGCCGUAUUAUUGGCGCCGGUAGCGUGGACCAAUAGCAUAGAAUACCCGUUUAUAAGUUAUCUGGGUCGGUACUUAAAGUUCCUCAUAGUUUUAUUUGACCAUUUUGGGAUUCACGAAAUGUUCACAGAAAAUAUGAGGAGGAAGCAGCAAGGUAUAGAAUGUUACAAAACAUCAUCUUAUUGUGAUUUGGAAUAUUACCUAAAUUUCGGAGUCGCCAAUUUUGAAAACUUGGCAUUAGAUAAAAUAGAUGUGAUAGAUAGUCAUAUACCGGCGGGUGCGUCUACAAAGACGCUGGCUCACUUCAUCCAAGGCUAUAGGAAUAAGCAAUUUCAGAGAUUUGAUUACGGAUUAAGGAAGAAUUUAUUAUUAUAUUCGUCGAUCCAACCUCCAGAUUACGAUGUCUCAAAAGUGACUGUUCCAUUGAGUUUAUUUGUGAGUGAAUCAGAUAGAUUGAGUGAUAUUAGCGAUGUGAAAAUACUUGUGCCAAAGCUGCGCAACAUAAAAAGGUAUUUUGAAUUUAAUAGAACAUUAGACUUUACACAUAUAGAAUUCGCUUAUGGCAGAAGGGUUAACGAAUACAUCAAUUACCCUACCUUAAAAAUACUUUUGGAAGAAAUUAAAAACAGUGAUGAGACAUGAAGACUACUUCUAUCUACUAAUUUUAUAGAUAUUUAUACUCACAGUGAAUAAAUAACUUUCAAGUAGUGCCAUUAAAUUAAUUUAUUCAAGCUUAACUUAGAUUUUAUAUAAUAAUUAUUACAAAAACAAAAAGGCAAGUUUUGUCUUAAAUGUCGUAAUUAUUAGAUAUUUAAUCUGGUCAUUUGUCCAAAAAAAAAGCAAAUUUUAUUCUCUCUCACUCUAAUUAGAAUGGUCAUCGAGAUUGUUCGAGACUGUUCGACAAACCUCACUAUAAAAAUAAUAUGUCAUUCGCAAUAUUUGUGAGCAGCAUGCAGUCAAAUGCUGAAUGGACCAUUUGAAGUUGAGAGCCGUUAAUAUUUCAUGAGAAAUGCACCGGCGGCUGGCGGCCUUUCGGUCGAACGGUUUAAUUUGGUCACCAUCGACUAUACAUUGCUGUGCUAAUAUUUAAGGUCAUAUCAAUAAUAAAAUCAUUGAUUUAAUGGUUGUUCAUAUCAUGCCAUUGAUUAAUUUAAGUUUUUAUCUAUAAUUUUGAUUUUGUGAUAACUUUGUGAUGUUUUUAAGUAAUUACAAUAUUUAUUCUUAUCGUCGCAAAAAGUCAAAAUCGCGAACAAUGUUAAGUACCUAUAGGUUUAAGAUUCCUAUAUAUUGCGACAAAUAGUUCUUACUAGAUCCAAACUGGAUCUAGGGACAUAGGAAUUAAUUACUGUGAAAACAAUUUCUCACUAGAUCCAUUACCUAUGGAUCUAGACAAUGGAUCUAAUGAGAAUAGUAUUCCUUAUAUUGUAUUAUUAUUGAUACUCGGAUAUUUUGUGAUUAAUGUUAUUUUUAUGAGUCUAUAACUCGAUGUUAAAAUAGUUAUAAAAAAUAUAGGUAUUAAAAGAAGUACGACCAAUUGAUGCGGUUUAGUCGUGAAAGCGUUACAGACAGACUUUCGCAAUUAUACCUAAUAUUAGUUUGGUAUGGACGCCACCUUAGGCUACCUAAGGUAAAUGAAAAAACGCGACAAGUAAUUUAAAAUACAGGCAUUCGAACGCAGGCAAUAACUCGGGGUAAAACAAACAAGGCAUCGGAGCGGGGGCCAAAAAUUAAAAAACUCGCUCCGUCUGACCCCACGUCGCAACCAGACGCGCGGUCCAAAUUGCCUCUCUACACUCAAUUUAACUUGAAAAACACUCUGCUUUGUCCAAGUAAUGAACCCUACCUGUCCACCUCUUCAUUGGAAUGCGAUUGUCCACCAAAUCCAUAAUUCCCAUGGAAAAAACAGUCAAAUAUAGUCAAAUAAUUUUGAUUUAAGUUUUUUUU